AUGUCGCAAGAUGUCGGUGGUAUGCCUCCCCCAGAAGGGGUCACGCCUGACUUCGAUGGAGGCUCACCACUUCAGAGUUCAAUUGUCGUUGCUUUCUUGUGCACGUUCGCCGUUGCAACCGUCACAUUGUUAUUACGCCUCUAUAGCGGCAUCUCUAUUGUUCGCAAACUAGACUGGGAUAUCCCCUUGAUCGUACUGGCAUGGGGAGUGUCGUUGGGCUUCUUUAUUAGCAUAAUGAUUGCAAUGCCUUCCGGCUUUGGUAAACAUCUUUGGGAUGUAAGAGCAAGCAGUCUUCCAGGAUACUUUCGGAUGUUGCUCAUUAUCGGUCUUACAUACGUAUGGCCCCCAACUCUCGCCAAGUUAGCUAUACUCGUGCUGUACUACCGCCUUAUUCCGAAUCGCGGAUUUCGAUGGGCAAUUUAUGCCACGGCUGCUGGCCUCGUCAUCUAUACGCUCGUUUUCACUAUACUGUUGGCGUGGCCGUGUCAUCCACUGAAGCCUGGUACAGCCACAUGCGUUGUCAAUCUUACAGUGGCACAAGGUGUGCUCAACAUCGUCAGUGAUGCUAUAGUUAUUGUCCUUCCGAUACCCUUGAUACAUCGCUUGAACAUGCCUUUGAGACAACGCAUAACUGCUGGAUUACUCCUUGCGCUCGGUUCUGCAGUUGUCGUCGUCUCAUGCAUUCGCUUUGGAUACGUGAAGAAGAUGGAAGAUAAUCCCGACAUUACCUGGACACAGGCCUCAGCUGCCCAGUGGAGCAGUAUCGAGAUGAACACUGGCAUCAUCUGCAACUGUCUCGCUCAUCUGAAGCCAUUUGUUCGAAAGCAUCUUCCUUUCCUCAGUAAAUUUGUCACCAGGGGAUCCUCAAAUAUGUCGCACCCUAGUGAGCGCAACCAGAGUCGUAGUCACAAGUGGAGAGGAGACAAGUCGAGUCAUAAAUAUGAGCUUCAUAGCGUAGGUCGGAUCCAAGAGCCAUCUCAUGAGAACAAUCAAUCAGGCAUUGUUGUCGUCGAUGAAGUCCAGGUCGAGUUUACGCCAUCAAGGGACAAUGGCGAUGCAUCAAGUACAGAGGAUAUUCUACGGAACUCGAGAUAG